AUGUUGGAUCUGUGCUUAGCCUCACUUCUUGGGCUGUCAUCAGCUAGUCGUCUAUUGUUUAUAACAGUAUUUAUCGUAGUGCUUGAGGACGGACGAGAAGUGAUUGAGCACAGAGAUGAGACUGGUGCGUUUGUCAGCAGUACCGUGGAAGACGACGAAGUGGUUCCUGGUAUUUCAAACAGACGAAUCAAAAAAAUAGAACGGAUCCGUAGAGCAGGAUUCGUUAUCGAUAAUCAGCCGGACUUGCAACUCGCUGAGAUUUGCCAAGGGGUAUACCUAGGUAAGAUUCUUCGGAAAAUGCCACAGAAGUCAGGCGGAAGAGGUCACUGGGAUUUCCUCAACAAGAACAUACGAAGUGAUCAUGGGCUUGAUCGGCUUGAAGUUGGCCGGAAAAGUGGGAGUCAAGAUGUCGCCAGUGAGUUGGCCAUCCUCAAAGCUGAAGGAAUUACGCAUAUUGUAAACUGUGCUACCGGUGUUAUGAACUAUUAUCCUACUAAAUUCACAUAUUAUAAUUUGGAAGUAUUGGAUCUGCCUUCGACUGAUAUCAUGGCCAAGUUUCAUGAAGUCUGUAGAUUCAUGGUAAAUUGCGUCGGAGGUGGAGGAAAGGUGCUCGUGCACUGCAACGCUGGUAUUUCUCGGUCGGCAACGUUUGUCAUUGCCUAUUUGAUGAUACAUCAUAGCAUGUCGUUACAGUGUGCGCUCGAAACUGUCAGAAGAAUCAGGCCUAAAGUCCGACCGAACUGUGGAUUCAUGAAACAGUUGCAGUGCUUCGAAAAGGAGUUAUUCUCUAGCCUUCCUUGUGAAGAAGAAGUGGUCACUUCUUGUUAG